UCAUCCGCAGAGAGGAGAAGGACAUGGAGCUAAAUCUGCCGAUGUGCACUCAUUUAUCCGUCGUAGCUUGUUAAAAGCAUACAAGGUUGUUGUUUUUUUUAGGGGAGGGGGAGGGGGGGUUGUUGUUUCUGUUUACCAGGACAGCGACUCUUUGUUUAGCUUUUUUUUUUUUUGUUCCAACGUCUUUAACGAGCAGUGGCGAGCUAAGCGGCUAACCAAAGCGGCUAACCAAAGCGUAACAGUUUAAAGGUAGUUCAAACAGAAAGUGUCCUCCGCAUGGCGUUAAUCCUGUUUACGAGGUCCCGGGCACCUUUAAUGAAAACAUCCAGGUCGUUAAAGAACGAAUUCAGGAAAGGGAAACUACAAGAUGGUGCCUGUUUCAACUGCACCGCGCUCAGACUCUCCAGUCAAAAACCCGAUGGACUCCGGCUCGGCAGCUUGUCCCAGGUCUCUUCAUCCAGUCCUUCCCUCCCUUUGUCAGAUGGCCCGGACUCACAGAGGCUCUACUGUGCCUAUGUGCUGGGGUCCUCUCCUUCACCGUACCCGGCUAUUACAGCGGGAUCCCAGUGGACGAUAGCACGGCCACAGGACAUCACCGGUGUGAGGUGGAUACACACCUCGAGGAGGAGAUGGGACGACUCCAAGGUGGAGAAGUCACUGCGUUCGUUAAAGGACAAGAAGAAGAAACUGGAGGAGGGAGGGCCUGUGUACAGCCCCACACUGGACGCCAAACCUGUGAGAAGGACGGUGCGACAGUGGGUGGUGGAUGAAAUCAGGCACUACUACCACGGCUUCAGGCUGCUGUGGAUUGAUACCACCAUUGCUGGGCGCAUGCUGUGGAGAGUGCUGAACGGAAACCCUCUGUCCCGACGCGAGAGGAGACAGUUCCUCAGAACAUGUGCCGACGUCUUCAGACUUCUUCCCUUCCUCGUCUUCAUCAUCGUCCCCUUCAUGGAGUUCCUGCUCCCUGUAGCUCUGAAACUCUUCCCCAACAUGCUGCCGUCCACCUUCGAGACACAGUCAAAGAAGGAGGAGAGGUUGAAAACUGAGCUGAGAGUCAAACUGGAGAUGGCCAAGUUCUUGCAGGACACCAUCGAGGAGAUCGCUCUGCGGAACAAGGCUGCCCAGGGCAAUGUGACGGAGGAGUUCUCUACUUUCUUCCAGAAGAUACGGAACUCUGGGGAACGUCCCAGUAAUGAGCAGAUCAUAAAAUUCUCCAAACUGUUCGAGGAUGAGCUGACUCUGGACAACCUGACCCGACCUCAGCUGGUGGCUCUCUGCCGUCUCCUGGAGCUCCAGUCCAUUGGGACCAACAAUUUCCUCCGCUUCCAGCUUAUCAUGAAGCUGAGGGCCAUCCGUGCAGAUGACAAGCUGAUAGCAGAUGAAGGUGUGGCGAGUCUGAACGUGAACGAGGUGCAGGCAGCGUGUCGCGUCAGAGGGAUGAGAUCUCUGGGAGUCACAGAAGAACGACUGAGGGAACAACUCAGCCAGUGGCUGGAGCUGCAUCUGAACCAGCAGAUCCCCACAUCCCUGCUGCUGCUGUCCCGAGCCAUGUACCUCCCCGACACCCUUUCCCCCGCUGACCAACUGAAGACAACACUGCAGACGCUGCCUGAGAUGGUGACAAAGGAGGCUCAGAUGAUAGUGGCAGAGAUGGAGCUCUCCAAAGUGGACAAUAAGACCAAGCUGGAGACGACAUUACAGGAGGAGGCGGCCAUACGCCAGGACAACAAAGACAGGGAGAUGGAGAGGUUGGCGGACGCUGCGGAGAAAGCUGCCAGGGAGGGUGAGCUGGAGUUCGAAGAAGAGCUGACUAGAGCCGACAAGGCUGCUCAUUCAGAGAUACUGAGGGAUACAGCACCUGUCAUCGAAGCAAUCAAGGGUGAGGAGAUCACCAAAGAAGAGAUUGACCUGUUGAGUGAUGCAUGCUCAAAGCUGAAGGAGCAGAAGAGGCUGUUGACUCUGGAAAAGGAAGAGCUUGAAGAACUGAAGGAUGAUGUCCAAGAAUACAAUGAGGAUCUGGAAGAAAUAAAGAAGGAGCUUUCUAAGACCGGCCAAGAAGAGGCACUGGAGGAGUCAAAGGCGAGCCAGCGUCUGUCCAAGAGAGUAAACCGCAUGAUCGGUCGCAUUGACAAGAUAAUCCUGGAGCUAGAGAAGGACAAAGUUAUCCUGGACGGACAGAUGGACAGUGGAACAACCCCGCCUGUCGGAUUAUUCUUUACUAAACAUAGUGAUGCGACAAGUCUGUUCCACUCCUUCAGGGAGAACCUCAUCAGCAUCGACGAGCUGAUCAGCAUCAUGCGGCAGAUCCAGAACAUUCCCGAGCACAAGCUGCAAAGCAUCGCGGACGCUCUCGACGACAACAAGGAUGGGAAGAUCGACAUUGACGACGUCAUCAAAGUGGUGGAACUGAUCGACAAGGAGGACGUCGACAUCUCCACCUCUCAGGUGGCUGACAUCAUGGUGAUGCUGCAGAAGGAGGGGAAGCUGAUGGAGAAGGAAAAGGCCAAGGAUAAGGCAGAAAAAGAAAAGGCAGCCACACUCAACAGCUAACUCACUUUCCAUAAAGACACUCGUAGCACCUGUAAAAAAAAAAAAAAAAAGACCACUGAGAAGUUUGUGACUGGUACCUGGUCACAGAAAACUCUUCUGGACAAGUCGAGAGAGAGUCACAAGGUAACAGCUGCCUUCUCAAAAUGUAAUUUCACCAUAAAUUGAACUCUUAAAAAAUAGUUUAAAAAUGAAGAAGGCAUAUUGCCUUUUCAACGCACAAAAUCUAAAAGAAACUUAAAUUGCCAUUAAGUUAAACUGUUCUGGACUGAUCGUUUAUUAUAUGUUGAUAUUUGGUUUUGUGUAGUUUUAUUGCUAGAGGGAACACAAUGACAUGAAACCGCGGUUGUUCUCCCAACUUUAGAGUUGGAAAAGGGGGAAAUUCAUCAAAGCUUACCUUUGGAAAAUAAUAUUAGGAGAUUGUUUAAAGUUUGAGGUGAACCGUCUUGCCUUUCAUUUCAUUUAUGUCAUCUCAGAGAAAUGAGAUAUCAUUUCUGGAUUUUGCACAGUAAAAAUCAUUGUCUACACCUUCAUUUCUUUUUUUGUUUAUCUAUCAUACUCCCUUAUUGUAAAGUAACGUGUUAUUUUCCAUGAAUUGUACUUGGACAGGGUAUCUUAUCGCUGGCUAUAGGUUGUUUAAAUGGUGGCUGCAACCAAAUAUAUCAUUACUCAACAUAGAAACCAUCAACUGAUGUGUGCAGGUUUAAUGAGUUGAAUUUAAAAGUUCUAUAUUCUAAGUCUAACAAUAAAAAAGUCAUAGCUUUAAGCUCAUCCUUCCCACUAAAACAGAUGUAAAUGGAGGAGGAUUCAUGCUGUAGAAGUGUUGGAUGUUUGUCCAAAAAAGCCAAAGACUGACAUUAGCAACAUUUAGAUCAAUAUUAAUAUUUACUGUACUGUAAUUCCUAAUUUUGUACUUAUUGCAUAAUAAUCUUUUGUCCAUUUUAGCACAGCUCUUCAUAUAUAUAUUCCUAUUGUGUUCAAUAGCUCUCUGUAAAAUGCCAAAGUUGCACUGUGGCACAUUUAAUGACAGAUUCUGAAUAUUCCCUAAAAUAAACAACCAGUUACUGAUAUUAAUGAGCAGUGAGGAUCAUAAUCAGUAUAGGGACACUAAACCAGCACAUCCAAGAGGUAGAUUUCUGUUUCAGCAAGUAAACGUAAGUUGUUCUGUGGUUGUCUGGUCAGAGAGUGAAAGGGGCUUUUUGUGAAUGUUAAAUAGUUCUGUGUGCAUAAGCAGUAAUAACCAUGGUAAUCCAUAGUUUAAAUGCAAAGUGGCCUUCUCUUGACACAGAUAUUAUAGAUCAUACACUGUUGUAUAUUUAUUUUUUGAGUAUUUUAAGACAAUGGUAGAGCUCUGAUAUUGUUCUCUUUGAGGAUUUACCUGAUGUCAUUUAGUUUUGGGCUGAAGUCUGGAUGAACUCAGUUGUAAAUCGUUGAGGCACAAACUGAGUCCUCGGUUUUGUUUCAUUUGCACUGUAGCGGUGAAUGUGUGCGGGUUGUAAACAGAAAGUGUUUAUUUCAGAUAGUAUUCUAGUCAACUUCUGACCAUUAUAUUCAUCUUGCUCUUUCUGGUAUUUCUUCAGCUGUGUUCACACUGCAAGCAGCUUGGCCAUUGUAUUUUAUAUUCCAGUUAUGGUUGCAACUAACGAUUAUCUUGAUCACAUUUGACUCAUUUGGUUUUAUCAUUUAAUAUGUAAAAUUUGACAGAGAUGUCAUGACAGGAGCCCAAGGUGACAUUGUUUUGUUGGACCAACACUCAUUAUCUUUGGGUUUCAUUUAUAAUUAUAGACGUUUAAAUCAGCUAAUGUUCAACAUUUUUGCAUAAUAAAUUACUUCUACAUGUAAUAAAUGAUUAAAACGUAAUGUUCUGUCAAUAAAAUCAUCAAUUAAUCGAAUUAUUUCAACAUUAAUUUCAAUCAAUGUUGGUCAAUGUAAAAAGCUUUGUAACGUUAAAAUAUUUUGACUUUUACGCUGCUAGUCUAUGAAAUAACUAGAGCUGAGCAACCUGCGCCGAUGACUGCAAUUCAAAGCUUUCCAAAGGAAAUAAAUGGACUUUUUAUCAUGUUGCUUGCAGUGCGAACCCACAGUAAAGCGUUGAUCCACCUUUACUGUUGAAUUGAAUUGAAUAUUGGUUAGUGUGUAGUCAUCCUUCAGUAACCAGAGAAGAGCUCAGGUGUGAACAUAGAAGACAGAGUGGUACUUGAGAUAACGCUGAGUGGACGAUUCUCCAUUUAAUCCGUUCCCGGAAUCCGCUGUCAGACGUGCUGAUGAUUAAGAAGGCGUUCGUCUUCCAUCAGGCACUGUCCCCAGUUCAGGCCCAGCUCUGCCUCGCCUGGGACCAGUCAGACUGAUGGGUGCAGGGUAAACACUCGCCCCAUACAUGGGCCAAAGCCAGCCCCAGCGGAGGGUUGUGUUUAGGUUAGAGACGAUCCGGCGGGACAUGGCACGCUCUUUGCCGCAUAAAUCAGCAGUCAGUGUAAACACAUCACGGGAACGUUGUGACAACUUCUCGAUUACACUUGGCAGGAGAGAGUGGUGUUUGUGUCCCUGCGCCUUAUAGGUCGGACUCAGGGCAGCGCUGUGUACAUUAGCAGCACUGCCACUGUUUCUAGGCAUGGAGGGCUCAAAGGUCGAAUGAGGGAAUUACCAGGAUAUGUAAGGAUCAUGGAGAUCAAUACUGAAGUUCCAGUGUGGGCUUUUAAGGUUUGGGAGGAAACCAGUAAGAAAUACAGGGUGGUUCUUGAGAAAGGUUGACCCUUACUCAGCUCAACAUCAUCAUCUGGCAAGGUGUUGUGCUGUCACAUGUAUCUAUGUAUCUACUUUUUACCUGGCAAUUGUGGCAACUGAGGAUAAAUAGAUUGUUUCUUUGAUAUUUCUCCACAGUUGUAAAAGCUUUACUUACUACUGUGUAUACUAUAGCAUAAAUUGUCCAGUGUUUUAUUAACCUUCAAACGCACCAGAAGAGUCCAGUAGAGCUGAAACAAUUAGUCAAUUACUCAACUGGCAGAAAAUUAAUUGGCAACUUUAUGAUAACCGAUUAGUCAUUUACAGUAUUUUUCAAGCAAGAAUGCCAAAAAUUCCCUACCGCUAACUUCACAAAAAGAAAAAAAAAAAAUCUGAAGAUUAAUCGAUUAUGUUUCCCAGAAGACAAAUGAUCUUGAAAAUAUGAAAAGCUGUUUGUUUGUUUAAGCCCUGAUAAGGGUUUUAUUCAUUAUUUUCACUCCUGAUUAUUUUUUGCAUUAAUCUGUUAAUCAUUUAGUCUACGAAAUGUAAGAAAAUUGUGAAAUUUUUUCUUUCAUCUUUGAAGUGCUUGUUUUUGUCAAAAACCCAAGCAUAUUUAGUUUACAAUGAUAUAAAACUAAAGUAGAAAAACCUCAUAUUUCACAAGUUGAAUGUAGCGAAUGUUUGGCAUUUUUUGCUUAAUGAAUCUGCUCUUAUAUGCAUAAGAUGUGUUUUUACAAAGUCUCAAAACAGUCCAUCAUCUAAAGAUAUUCAAUUUAGAAACAGAAAAUUCACAAGCAGAUUCUUACAUGUGAGGAGCUGCGACCAGAGAAUGUAAUUUCUUCUUUAUAAAUGACUUAAACACUUGACCAAUUAUCAGAAUAUUUGAAUUCGGACUCAAUUUGUGUCACUGCAGUCCUCUACAAUCAUUUCAUGCUCUGGUAUGUUCUUUGUGAGGAAUAUAUUUCAGCCAUUUAAGUCAGUAAUGUGACAUGACAGUCAUAUUUCCCGCAUGCUACCAGGAUGUGAUUACAAGAUAUGAAAACCUGUCAAACCUUCAGAUGCAUUCAAGAAAUCCUGGAAAAAUAAAUUAGAUUUUUGAAAAAGGAGACUAUGCAGGAACCCUGAUAGGAGUAUCAGCAGAAUGCCACAUGCCAGUCACUGAAUACAGACCCAAAACAAAAACAGUAUGUUUGCUUUUAUUUCCUCUGACAUCUCUUAGUUACAAAACCCUGAAACGAAGGCUUCUGCAGCCGUGUGUGGUAGUUUAUGAUUGUGUGUCCUCGUGUUUGGCUGCGGUACAAGGAGUGGAGCAGUGUUUUAUGACUCACCGCUGGCAGCAGUGUUGCACUGUGUUGUUGAAGCUGCUAUCUUUAAAGAGAGUCUAACCUAAGGGAGGAGGAAAGGAGAGAUGUAGUUGGCAGCGAAAGAAUUAUGACAGCAAAGUUAAACCAGUCGUUUUUCAUUGUUGACAGAGUCCAGUAGCCAAGCCUAGAGUCGUUUCCUGCCUUGCUUUUACUUUUUAGUGACUUUAAUUUGAUAUUUUAGACUAGUUAGAAUAAGAAACAGCUGAUUUUAAGCUUGCUGUCAUAAUUCUUCGACUGUUCUCCGUGGAGUAUUACCACUGUGUAAAUGCACUAUUACAGAGAGUAUACAGAUAGUACAGAUAUUUGUGUAUUAAUGUAUGGACUCAGGGUGUGAACGUCCAGUCUGAUGUGGUUUGAGCAGCUUCAGCACCAGCAGGGAGCUGAGGUUGGCGCACUGUGACCUACAAUACAGACCGUCCUAAAAGAUUCCCGUUGAGUUUGAGGAGUUGUAGAUCUUGUGUACUAGAAGAACAAAUUUUUAAAGCAAUAAGUCAUUUAUGCAUCAUUUAACUCUUUGAAUUGUGUUUUCCUCCCCUUUUGAAGUGGAACAAGUGUGUUUAAUUUGUUGAAAUUAUAUUGUAAUAUGUAAUUUAGAAGUUUUGGGUUCUUUGAUAUCAGGCUGAUAUUCUACUUAUUUGGGAGUUGGUGCACUUGUAGUUGAUUAUUGUAUUGACUUUUUGAAGAUGGAUGUACCCACGUUCUUUUCCUUUUGUAAGUAUUUUGCACUAGCCCUUUUUAUCACUAGCUAUUAGCUAGCUAUUUGUAGAAUGAAUAAGAACUUGACUUUUCUCUUGAGGUGGAAGUAAGGAGUCUGAAAGCAGGACCAGCAGGGGUUUUAAAGUCUGUCAGCUUCUGCAGAUACAGACCUAAAAAGGAGCAGCUCAGACCUCUCUCAGGUUCAUACGCAGCUCUGGAAACUGAAAAUGAAAUGAAAAAUAGAUGUAAAAAAAAAAUUAUUUAAUUGCAUUUUAGUGCAGCCACCAUUGUUUAACACAGGAAACUUGUUCUGAAGUUGUGUUAAGGCUGAAUGUGAAGCAAAUUUCCCUCCGCUCUCGAUUCAUAAUAUGCAAGACUAUUUUAAUCAAGUAAAAAAUGGAAAGAAGCGUUUGGAAGUGCGUCACUUUCUGUCUGAACACACAAUAAAGAAUCAUUUUCAGCUUGUAAAUGUUUAAAAGCCUCAUGUUAGGGCAGUCACCAUCAGUUUACAUGACAUUAAACCCCAAACAAAGUUUUCAGAAAAUAGCAGUCCAGUGUUGAUCUAUUGAGGUUUAAAAAGAAAACAACAGAAAUCAGGAAAAAUCUCUACUCAGUUUGAAAUGUGAGGGGACAUGUUGCAGUAUAAUCUCUUAACCUGGGUACUUUAUGCUUUUGGAAUUAGUUAGUGAAUCAAUCUAAAAUAUUUCUCACUGGAGUUUUUGUUUUGGGAUAAUUAUCGUGUUUAUUUAUUUAUUUAUUUAAUCAAAUUUAAAGUUUUUUUUUAUUCAUCUAGACCAAAACUGGAUUUAGUUUUAGUUGAACUUGAAUCUAAAAUGUAUUAAAAAAGCCUCAGUUUUCUUUUUUCACUCAUCAAGUGUUCAUGUAAAGAAACAUUUACAAAAUGAAUCAUAAGUGUUGAAUAAAUUAUGGAUGAUCCUGGA